CAAACCCGCCUUCCCCCUUCCGUCCUAGCGCCACACGACGGGCCCUAGCCGAGCGCUGAGCCCACAACCUCUUAAUUCUCUGUGGGAUUUCGAUACUCUGCAAGAAGACCAAGCGACAACCUCAUCCACCCCCAUCUUCGUGUCGGUUCCCAUCUUUGUCGAGCAGACAAACGACAAUACUGCACACCAUGGCCGACGCUCCCAUUACCUUGCGGACGCGCAAGUUCAUCCGCAACCCUCUCCUUGCUAGAAAGCAGAUGGUCUUGGACGUCCUCCACCCCAACCGCGCCAACGUCAAGAAGGAGGAGCUCCGCGAGAAGCUUGCCGACCUCUACAAGGCCAACAAGGACCAAGUCUCCGUGUUCGGAUUCCGCACCCAGUAUGGUGGUGGCAAGAGCACCGGAUUCGCCCUCAUCUACGACUCACACGAGGCCCUGAAGAAAUUCGAGCCUCACUACCGUCUGGUCCGUAUCGGCGCUGCCAGCAAGAUCGAGAAGGCCAGCCGACAGCAACGCAAACAACGCAAGAACCGUUCCAAGAAGUUCCGGGGUACCGCCAAGACCAAGGGUCCCAAGAAGAGCAAGGACUAAAUUCUUUCAUAACGUCCAGGAUGAACGUAAAGUGUGGGAGGGCGUUGCUCUGUUUUUUGCAUCGAUUUACGAAUAUGGGAAAUCAUCUUUUUUUAUUUUGUCUCUUUGGACAAAUAUGCUUGUAACUCUGUGCAUGGACAUCCAAAAAAAGAAGAAACUUCAAUUAAACAAAAACGGUGCUUGAUUAAGAAAGGGCCAGCGGGUUGUUUUAUGACAGGAGAAUAAUUGGCUGGUUUCUUUUUUAUUUCUUCUUUUGAUGUUGUUUUGUUGCCAUCAAGUACUUGAUCUUGAUGUUCAAUAAUACAAUACACCACCAAUCAAGGAGAGAAUCUAUCUCUUUCCUUGACUCUUCGAUCCUAGGAAUAUAAUCUAUGGGUUUUAUCUGUCA